GAUGCAGCGAAACACGUAUCAAUUCUAUAUUUUGAAGUGCACUUCGAUCAGUUCAUUGAAAAAUAAAAGGAUCCUUUUUAACAACUCUUUCAGUUCAGCUGAUCGUUUGUUACAAUCACGAGAAGGUAAUGGGAAAGAUUGGGCAAAGUUUAGUUCUUUUAGUUUCGGUUUUGUUAUGGUCAACGUGGUUGCCUGUCUCCCUAUGUGCCAAGAAACCAGUUGCAGUUUCUCGAAAAGAGGACGUUCCUUACAUCAAAUGUCAAGUUUGUGAGAAGCUGGCAUCACAGUUAUACCAACACGUACAAACGAAACAAGCCGAGAUCUCUCCCAAGAAGAUCUCAGAAUAUCAAAUCAUUGAGAUUGCGGAGAAUGUUUGUAAUUUGAAGAAGGAAGAAGCUGAUUGGAUUUUGAAGAUUGAUAUUGUAGAAACAGGAGAUAAGUUAGAGCUAAUCGAACAGGAUGCUGAAGGGAUUUGCAAUUCAGAGUGUAAGACAAUCGAGCGAGCUUGUCAGGAGGUUAUGGGGUAUUCUGAUACUGAUGUUGCUGAGUAUAUAUAUACGUCCAAGCCUGACAUGGAGUCACUGGUGAAUUAUCUAUGUAAAGAUCUGACUAAGACAUGCAAAACCAAGCCUCCCCCACUACCAAAGGAUAGGACUCCAGGAGAACCUUUUUUACCCAAACCAACUAAAGAGGCUGAAAUGGAAAAGAUGUUAAGAUCCAUGGAGGGUAUGCCAGGGGCACCCAGCAUGAAAAUGUAUUCAAGGGAGGAGCUGAUGAACAUGAAGAAUUUGGGUGAAGAUGCUGAUGAUGAAGAAGAUGAUGAUGAUGAUGAGGAAAAAUUUCCAUCUAAUUUGGGAAAACUUUUGAGAGAGAAAGAAAGUAGAAAAGGUGAUUGGAAACAGAGGAUCAGCAAAGGAAUAAAAAAUGCAAGUGAAACAUUGAAGAAACAUGCAACCAAGGUCGCCAUCAGGGUAAAAAGGUGGUGGAGAGGAGUUAAAGCUGCCCGUUCAAAGGCCAGCAAGGCAGAGCUUUAGGACAUGAAUUAUACUCGUUUGUUCUCUUCCAAUGUAUUAAUAUGCUUUGUUACUCAUUGAUUGAGUAGAAAAUCAAGGACGCAUAUCCCCUUUUUCAUAAGCUUUUCUUUGCCCUUCCUUUGGGAAGUUUUGAUGAUUCCUUUCAGCCAUCGAACUCUCUUGACGAGUAUUACAAGUAGCAACGUCAUUUAUUUUGAUGAUUUCAAUACAC